AUGGCCGCCCUCCACCGCAUCGCACCAUUUGCCGCGUCGUCGCUCGCUUCGUCCUCCCGUAUCCACCUGCGGCCGCUGGUGCGCGCGUCCUCGACUCUUCCCACGCGCGCCGCGCAUGUCGCCCCCACAAUCCGCACAGUCUCGGACAUGCCGGCCGUCGACGCGGCGUCGUCGUCCGCGGCUCCCAAGCCCACCCCGACCCCUGCGCCCACCGAGAAGCCGGCAGUCAAGCCCCGGCGCCAGUUCAAGCCCACCAAGGCCGCAUUGAAGAUGACACCCAACGCUAUUUCGCGCCUCAAGGCACUCAUGUCGUCGCCGACCGAGCCCAAGUUGCUGCGUAUCGGCGUCAAGACGCGCGGAUGCGCCGGCAUGGCGUACCACCUCGACUACGUCGACCCUCCCGGAGGCAAGUUUGACGAAGUCGUCGAGCAGGACGGCGUCAAGGUCCUCGUCGACUCGAAGGCGCUCUUCUCGAUUAUCGGGAGCGUCAUGGACUGGCGGGAUAACCGGUUGAGCGCAGGAUUCGUGUUUGAGAACCCGAACAUUGUAGACACGUGCGGGUGUGGCGAAAGCUUCAACAUUCGCUUCUAA